CUCAUGAAGGGCUUUUGUUUGUCAGCUGUCAACAUUCAAAUGCAGUCAGCUGCAUAAUAUGCAUUAAUGAGGGUUUAGAUUUCACCAUGCUUUUAUCAGAAAGAUAGCAGGAUAGAGUCAUUCCAGGCAGAAGAAUAAUCCACGGUCCAACCAAUAUGCAAGGGUCAGGCAAAAUGUCUGGACUAUGCUCAGUUGUCCCACAUCAGAGAAUAGGUUCAGAUUAGCUUCACAGGAAACCUGUCAUCGACAGCCUGCCCAACGAGAAAACCCCAAGGAGAAGCUGAGGACAAGCAACAUCUUGAAGACAGUCCAUGGGGACUGUACCAGAUCCUCUGAGAUCUGCCAAGCUUUCCCUGGUCUCAACUUCUGCAGAGGAGGAGCACCUGGGAGACCUGCAGCCUGCUAAGCACCAGCCCCAAGUCCCCAGUGGAGAGAGGGCCAACAAUGGCUUCCUGUGCGCACCGUCCAGCUCAGCUGAGGUUUGCUUGUUCCACCUGACCUGCACAGGUGCUGCCAGCACACAGAGGUGCGAGCAGUGCCACACAGAUGAUGACAGCCAGCAGGAAACCUUUUCUCCCAGGCUGGCCAGCAUAACUACAGAGGGGCAUCCUGCAGAUGUAAAACCUGCUGGUUUUUCCCAGCCAGUGGGCAUCCCAGCACCAGCAGUGCCAGUCCUUGCUGCCACAGGAGCCCUCUCAGUGGGGCAAGGGCCAGAGAUGAUGCCAGCCCCCCAGAGCUCCCGGCAGUUUGUGCAAGGCAGCCAGACCAAAAUGAGCUCCCUGACACAAAUAGAUGACUCUGCCUUGAAACCUCAGGGAACUGAUGAUCAGCCAGCACUUGAAGUGUUAAAUUAUUCUUCUCCAGGUGAUCCUGUCGGGGUUAAUCAAUUCUGUCAUACUUCUCAGGCAAACAUUCUGCAAAGAGGGGAAAAAGACAGGGAGGUAGACAAAAAUGGUUCUGCUGUGUGUCAGUCAGCCUUGGCAGCAGGGCAAAUCGAAGCUGACCUGGGGAGAGACUUGCAGAACAAUCUGGAGGGGAAAAGUGGGACUGCAGACAUGCCGCAGUUGCAUCCCCCAGAUAAAACUGAAGUGGUGCAGACCAGCAAGGCACCAGGACAGUCCAGCCACGGGAGUCCACAUUCUGUACACAGCCUGGACCCCAUGCCUGGGAGUCCAAACCCCACCCAGCUCUCCAAAUUCAGAGAAACAGGUACAAUGACAGCUCAGCCAGAGAGCAGCCCUUUUACUCAGGAAGCUGUAAGCAGAACAUGGCGGGAUGCUGAGGUUCAGGCUGUGGCUACGGUGGAGAGCAAAUCAGCUUCUACCAGUCCCAGCAUCUUUGCUACCUUCUUAAAAGGGAAUUCUCCUCCAGAGGAGAAGGAAGAACUGCACAUAAUUUACCAAGGAGGUAUGGGGCUGAGCCAGGCUGCACUUACUGACAGUUUAUCCUCACAACAAAAGUCUCCAUGUUCUCCUGGUAUCACAUCAAAGUCGGCUGUUGUGGCUGUGACUGCUUCAGCCCAAACCCAGCUUGUCAAACUGCCGGGGUUCCCACCUGAUGUGGCAUCUCCAGUAUCAUCAGAUAAUGUGAAACGUGUUCUCCCCUGCUCCCCUGCAGCUGUUACUUCUCAAGGAACAUCUGUGGGUAAUGCUGAAAUGACCAGUACAGCCUGUGAUGUCAAGGAUGCUGCUCAGCUGCCAAAGGAUGCUCCAGUCCCACCAAAGCCCAUCCCAGCUGAGCAGCUUGGAAUUGACUCCAGUAAUCAAAUUCCAUCACAGUCUGGGACUGGCGCUGGUGAGCCAAGCACCACUUCCACUGAUGCUGUCCCAGGAACCCAGAACAAUGUGCGAGAUCUCAUCCCUCGUGCUGGAAGCAGCCCGUCACCUUUACUCUCUGGCAAGGACAGUGAAGCCAAGCAGAAGGAGGUUCUGGGCAGCUCUGAGCAAAAGCCUGUGCAAAGCAAGGUUGCAAGUCAAGGGCAGGCCAGUCCUAAUCAAUGUGUGGUAAAACCAAAGGAAGAAAUCUUGGUGGUUCUUGAUCCUAAAGGAGAGCUGAAUGUUACCAUACAACCUGCUGCCGUCCUUGCAAAGGCGUGCCCACAGGAUGCAGGUGGGAAGGAGAGCAGGGGCCACGGAGACAGUGGCCAGUCUCAGAUGGCUGGUGGCCAGAACCUGCAGGCAGGACUGACGCCCGAGCUGAGUGUGAGUUCUGCAAGUGCUGCCCCUUCCAUGGCAGCAUCGGCAGCUCCCCAGCAACAGGGCCUCCAGGCCAGGCAGUCCGGACACAAUCUCCACACUGAAGUGAUUCCUGCUUCCUCUCAGGCUGUGCCAAACCUGGGGGAGAACAAAAAGCAUUCCACCCCAGCCAUGGAAGCAAAAGUACAGGUGAAGCAGUCCAAACACGUCAGGGAUGUUGUUUGGGAUGAGCAAGGAAUGACGUGGGAGGUUUAUGGUGCUUCCCUCGAUCCAGAAUCCCUGGGAAUUGCCAUUCAGAACCACUUACAGAGACAAAUACGGGAACACGAGAAACUGAUCCGGGCCCAGAACAGUCAGACCCGGAAAUCCAUUUCCUCAGAUACAUCCUCAAAUAAAAAACUGAAAGGGAGGCAGCACAAUGUGUUCCAGUCCAUGCUGCAGAAUUUUAGGCGUCCUAAUUGCUGCGUCCGACCUGCUCCUUCUUCUGUGUUAGACUGACAUGGUUUUCAGGGGUGCCUAAAUACCUGUGGUGGUGGAGAGAAUCCCUCACCUCAAGUCCUACUGUUUGGUUGUGUGAUUGGAAUUGUGAUGCAACAGUGGAAAAUUAUUUCCCUUUGUUUUCUGACUAGCCACAUGCUCCAUCCUGCCAUUAUUAUUGUCACAGCUGGUGUAUUUCCAUGUUGUGCCCCAACCUUGACUGCUGUCAGAUGGAAUGCUAGGCACUUAGCAAAAGCACAAAUUUCAAUUGCCACCUUGCUGCCGGAAUAGCAGCACCUUCUGAUAAAGCAGGAAGCAGAGGGAUUGUCAGAAUUAUGGGAAUUUAUUUAUGUGCAUUAUGAGGUCUUACUCAAAGGGGUGGACUGGGGGAAGCUGAGGGAGGUGGAAUUAAGGUUCAACAGCUGA